AAAAAUGUUUAGAAGAAGGGCUUUACGUAAAUCAAAAUCGUAAAAUUAAAAGGCAGUGUAUUAAUGUGCUGGAGCAGAGAUUCUUAGCAAAUGACGAGAAAAAAUGGUUCAACUCUUAUGACAGACUAGAAUUUUCGGAUAAUCCCUUAACCGAAACGUCAAUCAGACCAGAGAAAAUUGAAAAAAUGGAAAUAAACGAUCCUAAAUCUCCCAUUAUCAAAGAUAAAUGUAACGAAAUAGUAAUAAUCAAAGAAAAUAUAUUAGAAAUCUACUUGGCUGAAUUAAAAUUUACGCAUCAUCCCCUAUUCAGCCUUGAACAUGUUUUAGCAGUAAAAUUGUGUAAUUUAUACGAUCAAUACUCUCUCUGUAUUAAAAACAAUACGACUGAUAGAGUAAAAACUCAGCUCGAAGCAUUGAGAUAUCUUAGACAGAACAUGGGGAACAGAAAAGUUGAUGAAGGUGCUUCGAAACGAAUUAGAAAAGUUGACAGGGACAUCCAAAAGGUAAGAAAGGUGUAUUUCGAAGAAAGGAGAAAAGAAAGAGAGAACUUGAAGGACAUACUAAAUACCUGGAAGCAAAUUAAAAAAAUUAGGGAAAAACAAAAGUUUUCAAAUACGAACAUAAAAUUGCUUAUAAAAAAGGAAAAACUUGAUUAUGAAACUGAUAGAACAAACUACAAUCGGGAAUUUGACGAGACGUUUUGUGAAAUGAUCAAGGAGAAUAAAGACGACAAAAAGACUAAUUUUACUACCAACGAAGAUAUAAGAAAAGAUCUGGACAACAUAUUCCAACAAAGUUUCCGAGCGCCUGGAGAACCCGUCUUAAAAUUAUCACUCUCCGAAAAUCAUGAAAUAACGGAAACAGUAGAAGAUAGUAAAGAAGUUAGCAGAAGAAAUUCCGUCAGAUCCACUAAAAUGUAUUUAAACAUAUUAUGCGACAAAGUUCCUGUUUGCAAAUCUAAAGCGAUAGACCUUAGUGACGAUUUUCUUUUAAAUCUAAAAGAAACGUUUGCUAUUCAGCUGCAGAAAGUGCCAAAAUGUUUAAAUAUCGAAGUCAUCGAGCAGCAAAAAGGCUUGGCAACGAAAAAAAUAUGCGAAAUUAUCAUUAUGGUUCCAACUCAAAACUUUUCAUCUGUGAGCAGUAAGCCCAUUAAAACUACAUUUGAAGUAAAGGAAAUUGUGCAUCAUAAGCACGCCGGUAUCGGAAGUGGUACCAAUUUAAAAAAAGCACUGGAAAGUGUUGACUUAACACUCCUAAACAGCAAUUACGAUUUGACUACGACGGGAUAUAUAAAGUAUUUUGUAGGUUGGCAGAAAAAGUCUGUAAUACGAAAAGAUCCGCUAGGAGAGCAAAUCGAGUUACUAAAAGAUAUCACUAAUAAGAAUCUUUCAAUCAACAUAGGUAAAUUAUCAGAAUGGAUGGGUCAAAGUGUCCCGGAUCCUCAAGAUCCAAGGAACGUCGUGUUUUUUGAAUAUAUGGCAAGUUGUGAACCGAAGCUUUUCAAAAAUAAUAAUUUUAGAUUGAGUCCUUAUAUGGAAGAUUUGAAGUUUUGUGACCUGCGAGAAAUAGACCAAAAUAUCAGAUUUAAAAUUCUGCAUUUGAGAGAUCAGAAUGAAACUGAAUUUGAUGGCGUUGUUAUUCCUAACCGAAUAAAAGAAAUUCCAUUUAACACUUUAGAUAUUAUAAAAAGACAUAAACUCGAAGAGCACAAAUACAUCACUCAAACUACUGAGAAUGAAAUUGACACGCAAGAAAACCAUGGUAGAAAAUAUUUGAAGCAAAUUUACAAGAAAUUAUUCCAGAUAUGUAAAAGUUCGGACAACAAUCUGGUAUAUGAAAGUGUUGUAGAUGAAAAGUAUUUAGCACAUUUUGAAGUUCUAUUGAAGACUGUAUUAAAAAACUUCUUUAAUUGGUUUCACUGGAAACCAAACGCACCUAUAUCAAUUAAACCUAAAACCCCAUUGGAAAAUGAACCUCAAGAACACCACAACCUAUCCCAACAAUAUAACAUUACCAUAAAAAUUAUUUCCGCGAAAAACGUACCAAGUAGAAAUAAAAGCACGUUUAACAAGCACUCUUUAUCGGGAUCUGAAAUCAGCAAAGCUGGAUCUAAUGAAAAUGAAGUGAAGCCUUUUGUAGAAGUAUCGUACGAAAACAUAUCAAUCCGAACAAACAGUUCCAGCGGUCUCAAUCCAGUUUGGAAUGACACCUUAACAAUUCCUUUAGAGUACCAAAAUAUCGAUUAUUUAAAUCCGGAAUCUUUAAACGGAACGAUUACCGUAAACCUAUAUGAUGAGUACGAUUCAAUGUUAAAACACCAAAAUAAGAAACACUACAGUUGGUUGGGAGCCGUAGAAAUUCCACUUUCGGCUGUUUGUUACUCUACAUCUAUGUCCGGAUUAUUCAAAGUAAAAUUAGCUCAAUUGCUCCUAGGAUAUGAGACGGAAGCAGAGAAACAUAUAUCGAAAUCUCCAAAAAUCAAUAAUUUGCAUUCACACUACCACCACACUUACAUCCAAAUGGAGCUCAGUACCACCCCAAAUGUACCAAAAUUGAUCAUCAAUAUGGAGAGUAUGCCUUGUAACGAUUUACCUUAUAUACAACAACACGUCGUAAAGUGGAAUCUAAGCUACAACGACGGUUUUCCAGCAAGAAAAUUCUCCGCACUGGCGGUGGACACAAACGCCAAAACGACAUGCAUUACGAGAUACUUGAAGCCUUUGGAACCGCCACAGAUUAACUUGGAAGAAUUCGAUGUCACGGCGGAACAGUGUCUCAGAUACGUCUCCUUAAUUCCGUUUACGGAGUGCAGUUAUUUUUAUCAUAACGUGUGGCUGACGACAAAUGAACUGCUUCAUUUCAUGAUCGGUUCUAUAACCGACCAUGCGGUGGCCCUUACAUGCUAUUUACUGGCCCUAAAAAUGGAAGCUUGGCUACUAGUCGGCUAUGGAAUUCCUCACGGAUCUACAGCUUACGUUUUCACUCGUGAAUACGUGAAAGAUACGGAAUCGCCAACAUACUACAUUUACGACGUCUAUUAUAAUGAGAAAUAUAACAUAACAGACCCGUACUGCCCCCUACAGAAAAUUUAUUGCCUGGCGAACGGAGAAAAUGUGUGGGCAAAUACACAGAAAGGUGACAGUGUGCAGUUAACAAGGUUGGACUUGACUAGGAGGUCGGAUUGGUUGGCUUUGUUUAACAAUAACAUCGGGGCACCUACACAUUUCGUAAACAACAAAAUAAUUUACAAAACAAAAGUCAGAACCGAACGCUUGGAAAAUCAUAUUGAAGUGCAGAUCAGGAAAAAAAUUUCAAAACUCAGACAAUUAGACCGAACUAUAUGGAAUCGUAACUUAUCGAGUGAUUUUAAAAAUGUGUUGAGGUCUUUUGAAAUAAAUUAUAUGUAUAACAAAAAUCAUUAUGAGACGAUAAAUGAAUUAUAUGAAAAAUUCACUUCAUAUGCGGUUACUGGUUACAUCAUAAACUCGUCGUAUUUAAAUAUUUCCACCAUUCUCAAUAACUUGAGGAAAUUGGGUAUUUGUGGGCAGGAAAGUAAUGAAUUUGCCUUAGCAGUGUAUAUUCAUAUAUAUCCUGGACCACUACUAUCAGUAUGGGUUUUUAUUGGAAACAUUAUUAACAAAAUUGAUGUUUAAAUAGUAUUCAAUAAAAGCAAAAAUGAAUUUAUGUAUUGAUUAAUAAAUUAUAACAAUUAUA